CCGGAUCGAACUGAACCGAACCCAAACUCCAAAAGCGAACGAACAUGGUUUACUUGUGUCGUACGGGAUUUUGGGCCAAAACAUCUGUCACUUUGGUCGUGUCGGACCCACCCAAACCCAGUAGUCCCAUGGAUACGUUUCGGUCAAUACUAAUACUAAUAUAUAAUACAUAUUAAUGAAUUCACCGAUUUUACUACACGCGUUUUCAUUCUUCUUCCUUCUUUUAAAUUAUAACUAACAAACAUUCACACAAGUUUCUCUCUUUACUUGUUUUUCUCUUUUUUGAUAUAUAAUAUAUGGGAAUAUACAUAUAACCAUAAACCGUCGGUUUUAGGAAGUUUGAUUAGAAUAUGGACGACCUGGGUCGAUUUGAUCGGACGGCGUUGUGGGUGAUGGUCUCUCUGUUGUUGUUUCUUCAGAAUUUUAGCUUGUGUUACUCUCUUGACAAUGAAGGUUCAACUUUGUUCGAGCUCGGGGAGAAAAUUAUUAGAGACCCUUUUGGAGCUUGGUCGAAUUGGAAUAAGGAUAGCGGUGAGAAGAACCCAUGUAACUCAUGGUUCUGGGUUGAUUGCUCAACCGGAAAAGUCGUGUCCUUGAGCACUGCUGAACCUGGAGAUAUAGCUUAUAGGAGGCUUUUGCAAGGGAGAAGUUCCCCAAAGUCUAGCAAACCAAAACCAAUUAGAGAAAAUAAAGAGGAUCUAAUACCACAAUCCCGCCCUUUCCCACCAUCACCAUCAGCUUCAAAAUCACCUUCAAAUUCACAAAAUUCCCCAUCACCAUCUCCAUUCGAGUCACCAAUAUCAUCCCCAUCGCCAUCUCCCUUCACUAGUCCUUCGCCUUCACCUUCACCUUCGCCAUCACCUAGUGCAGUCCCUCCAAUUCUUGCGAAACCAUCAGUUGUUGACCCUGGACAAAAGAAUGCUAUUCCAAUGUUAUCACCAUCUCCAUCUUUAGCUCCAAAGGUUGCUAAAAAAGACAAUCAUGUAAUGGUGAUUUCGGUUGGAGUUGUUGGUGGCGUCUUGUUUAUUCUAAUUUCAGCUACUGGCAUUCUUUUCUUACGAAGCAGCAAAGUUGUUACUGUCAGACCCUGGGCUACCGGGUUAAGUGGGCAGCUGCAGAAGGCGUUCGUAUCAGGUGUUCCUAAACUCAACCGAUCAGAAAUUGUUGCAGCUUGUGAAGAUUUCAGUAAUAUUAUUGGUACAUUUUCUGGAGGCAUGGUGUAUAAGGGAACUCUGUCUAGUGGGGUUGAAAUAGCUGUAACAUCUAGUGCAGUGAAAUCACGCGAAGACUGGUCAAAAACUUUGGAAGAACAUUUUAGGAAGAAGAUAGAAACACUGUCUAAAGUGAACCACAAGAAUUUUGUCAACCUUAUCGGCUUUUGUGAAGAUGAAGAGCCAUUCACAAGGAUAAUGGUUUUUGAGUAUGCACCAAAUGGAACACUCUUUGAGCAUCUACACAUAAAAGAAGCUGAGCACCUGGACUGGGGAAUGAGAUUACGUAUAGCCAUGGGCACAGCCUACUGCCUAGAUCAUAUUCACCAACUGACUCCUCCUAUAGCUCAUAGGGACUUGCAUUCUUCAUCUGUAUACUUAACAGAAGACUAUGCAGCCAAAAUUUCAGAUUUUCGGAUUUGGAAUGAAGUAACCGAAGCAAAGAUGCAACCAGAAACCAAGGAGCUCUUGGAAAUCCCAUCAUCUGAUCCAGAAAGUAACGUCUACAGCUUCGGUGUGAUUUUGUUUGAAAUGAUAACAGGUAGGAUUCCAUACUCUUUGGACAACUGCUCUCUUGCAGACUGGGCAUUGAACUAUCUGAAGGCUGAGCAUUCCUCAAAAGAAAUGGUGGAUCCAACCUUGAAGUCAUUCGAAGAAGACGAACUCGAGAAAUUGUUUCAAGUUAUAAAAGAUUGUGUUAACCCUGACCCGAAAGAGAGACCAACAAUGGUAGAAAUCACUUCAAGGCUAAAACAGAUCACAGCUAUGGGGCCUGAUGGUGCAACACCAAAACUAUCACCUCUUUGGUGGGCAGAGCUUGAAAUUAUGUCCUCAGAAGGAUGCUAAGAGAUUUUGGUCACAAAUAUUGAUUCAUUUUUUCCUACGUUUAUUCUUUUACCUUACUAUGAUUAUAAUUUCUAAUGGCCUUUAUUUUUGCAUUAUCUUUUCUGAUUCUGAUUUGUUCAUGUUAACCAUGGUAUGUGUAUAUGAUUGUGAUUGCUAAUUAAUGCUUGUUAAUGUAAAUGUAUGUGUACAUAAGUGAGAAAGGCCAAAGAAAGGGAUUAAGCUUGUUCUUCCCUCCACUCAAUCAUGUGGUUUCAGGUUGUUUGACGUUUAAAACUUACCAUUUUAAUAUGUACUGAUGAGAUAUAAAUAAAUGAGAUGAACUGCCAAUGACUUUGGUGUC